UUUCAAAGGGCACAUGCUUUUACCGGCAAUGAGCAGCGCUUGACCCGAUCGCUCAGUGUUUGUCUAAAGUGUGCUUACAUGCAGGUCAUUGACUUCAAUAUCCAAACGUAUUUAGUGAUUUAGUUUUGCAUUGUUUCUUGAUCACUGACUGGAACAACGAUGUAAACUAGAUAAAGUUCAUCAAGACAAACUUUAAGUUGGCUUGAGAAAGCCUGAUCAGAAAGUUUGAAAAAGUUCAAAAGUUUUUAAAACAUUUGUAAAAGUUUUAAAAGUUUGAGGGUUUUCAGUCUGAAAUACUUUGAAGUUUUAAAGCUUGAAGCUUGAAUGUUUUGAAGGCAAUACAGGCUGUCAGAUAGAUAGAUAGAAUGUUUUUAGCAUGUUGCUAGCAUGUUUAUAACAUGAUUAGCAUGUGACCAGCGGGUUACUAGAAUGCUUAGCGUGUUAUUAGCAUGAUUAGCAUGUUGCUAGCAUCAUUAACGUGGUGUUUCUAACAUGUUUUUAACAUGAUUAGUCUGUUCCUAACAUGUUUCUAGCAUAAUUAGCAAGUUACUAGCAAGUUACUAACAUGUUACUAGCAUGUUGCUAGCAUGAUUAACAUGUUUCUAGCAUGAUUAAUAAGUUACUAACAUGUUGCUAACAUGUUUCUAACAUGAUUAUCACGUUGUUAACAUGUUCCUAAACUCAGUAACCUGUUACUAACAUGUUGCUAACAUGUUUCUAACAUGAUUAGCAUGUUGUUAACAUGUUUCUAAACUCAUUAACCUGUUACUAACAUGUUGCUAACAUGUUUCUAGCAUGAUUAGCCCAUUGCUAACAUGUUUCUAGCAAGAUUCGCAUUUUGUUAACGUGUUUCUAACAUGAUUAGCAAGUUACUAACAAGUUGCUAGCAUGUUUUUAACAUGAUUAACAUGUCACUAGCAUGUUGUUGGCAUGUUUUUAACAUGAUUAGCGUGUUGUUAGCAUGUUUUACCAUGUUUCUAGCAUGAUUAGCAAGUUAUUAGCAUGUUGUUAGCAUGAUUAGCAAGUUACUAGUAAGUUGCUAGCACAUUUUUAACAUGAUUAGCAUUUUGCUAACAUGUUUCUAGCAUGAUUAACAUGCCACUAUCAUGUUGCUGAUAGCUGACCCAGUUUGUUCUGUGGGCCUAUUUCUUUCCUCACGCAGAUCAUCAUAUGACUUCAGACUUAUGCAGCAGUCAAGCUGCACUGGAAAACCUAAUAAAUGUCCUAACACUUUUUAGUUACAUUACAUUUGUUUUUGAAGGGAAUGCGGCUCCCGAUCUACAUAUAUCCGUCUAUAAUCAUUCGUGAUCCAGCUUCACUUACAGCAAAAGUGAGUAUAAGGGUUUUUUCAUGAAUCUUUGCGAUCGCCUUUCCUUAUAACGUGGUAGUUAGAAAGUUUAGCGGCUAAAGUAAACAAGAUCGUCACUCCACAGACAGAAGAGAGGGGCGGGGCAAGCAGAGCUCAUUUGCAUUUAAAGGAACAACCCCUUAGAAUGAGAUGAUUUUUGCAGAGCUGAUUUUGACAAGGUAAAAAGGGUGUUGUUUUACAAAACCAUUGAGAAUUUUUAAUCAAAGUAUAUUAUAGACUUUUCAUUAAGACCCUAAAGAAUCAUAUCAACUUGUGGAAAAUGGGCAUCCGAUGACCCCUUUAAAGUGUUAUUUUUAGUUUAAUAUAUUACAGGGGAGAUCUGUUAGUGUUUAAUCUUCUCUUAUGUUUGGUUUUAAAAGGCUUUCUGUUAUGUCUGAUUUUUUUGGGGAGGUUACCAUUGUGCUGAAGAGUAGAGCCAAUGGUUAGGUCGAGGAAGGAUCCACUACAAACACUAAAACUAUGUACUGCUUAAUUUAACAGCAAUAACUGAUGCAGUGGUUGUCCUGUUGGUUAUAUGUGACCCUUGACCACAAAACCAGUCAUAAGGGUCAAUUUUUCGAAAUUGAGAUUUAUACAUCACCUGAAAGCUGAAUAAAUAAGCUUUCUGUUGAUGUAUGGUGUGUUAGGAUAGGACAAUAUUUGGCUGAGAUACAACUAUUUGAAUAUAUGGAAUUGCAUAUUAGUAAUCAAAAAUUAAGUUUGGAUAUAUUUACAGUAGGAAUUUUACUAAAUAUCUCCAUGGAACAUGAUCUUUACUUAAUUUCCUAAUGAUUUUUGGCAUAAAAGAAAAAUCAAUAAUUUUGACCCAUACAGUGUAUUUUUGGCUAUUGCUACAAAUAUACCCCAGCGACUUAAGACUGGUUUUGUGGUCCAGGGUCACAUAUUAGUAUGUACACGUGUGCUGUUACUAACUAGACAAUUCAAGCACUUAAACAAAUUUUUUAAGGAAUUCCAAGGUGCAGUAAAUGUUACAUUAGUUACUUCAACUGAAAUAAUGAGUUGUUUGGAUUAUACACCUAGUGUAUUCAAUUGAAAAUGAAUUAGUUUUUGCAACUAAAACAUUUUUUACUUGACAGGCAAUCAGUUUGCAUGCAUUUUAAAGUUAGGUUAAUUGAUUUGUUUUACAGUAUGCAUGAAUAUACUUUUAUGAUACUUCAAUUCUCAUGCCUCUCAGAAGAAAGACAGUCAUACAGGUUAUGAGGCUGAUUAAAUGGCAUCACAAUGAUCGUUUUUAGUAGAUUACUUCCUUCUUGCAAUCACUCAAUUUACUUUCUUACAAUUUACUUGAGAAAAUCUAAAUGCAAUAAACCUGUGGGCAAAUGCAAAAUCAAACAAGCAACUCAACAUUUUAUAGCCAUUUUGCCAAGAAAAACAAUUUUCAGGGACACUGGAGAUUCUGCUGGAUCAGUGUUUGUUUUUUUGUGUUUUCAGUCACGUAAUGGUCAUUAACCCGUGGUCCUGGCUGCUGAUUGGCUAGAACCAGGAAAUCACAAUAUUGAUAAACCGUAUAAAUGUUUUCUGAAAGAAAUUCUGUGGACAGACUGCAGUUGUUCUGGAUUUGAAUUGUUCAUUUAAGCAGUUUUACUGACCCUGGAUCAGAUUUUGGUGUAGAAAUCAAACAGAAUUAAUUUCAUCAGUGUUUUUUUAGCGAUCAGGCCAGAGCCGCAGCAAUGCGUCGCUUCAUUUCUUUACUGUUAGUCAUUAUAGGACUGCAUGUGAGUAUUCAGACAUAUAUAAUGCAUUCUGAUCCAGAAAUCAGCAGAAAAAACAGAUGGUGGCUGGUUAUGUUCUAUCCAACAAACUGGGGGUCGUGGGGGUUUAAAGACGUCUGUCCGAAUGGAACAUACGCCGCAGGAUUCAGUCUAAAGCUGGAAGAACUUUCCUAUGGUUUUUGGGAUGAUAACACUGCACUCAACGGGAUUCGCCUUCACUGCGUCGAUCCGUCCAAAGGCUUAUCAAACUCAUAUGAGAACUACGCCUCAGUUCAGUCAGAAGUAGGAAGCUGGGGUGAGUGGACAAAAAUCAAAUGGUGUCGUUCUGGAUUGCUGACUGCUUUUCAGCUGAGAGUCGAAGCUUCCCAAGGAAUUGAAGACGACACGGCCGCAAACAACAUCAGAUUCAAAUGCAGUGGAGGGUCCGUGCUGGAGGGUGAUGGCACAGCCUGGGGUAACUGGGGCAGCUGGAGCUUAACAUGUGAAGGAAAAGGAAUUUGUGGCAUCAGGACACAGAUAGAAGAGCCACAGGGAAUGGGAGAUGACACCGCUCUCAAUAACGCGCGCAUGUUAUGCUGUGAUUAAGGUGAUAGAGGACGACAGCAAGAACAGCCAGAAGAUCAGAUGCAUUAUAAUAAUUGAUCAAAUGCUAUGAGCUAACAUGUCAUGUAAGUGAUAAUGCAAAUUCAGUCAUUAUCACAAAAUAACAUGAUAACAGGAUGGAUCAGGACCCUGAAAAAAAGCCAAGGUUGACUGGAUCAUCUCGCUUAUUAUUUUAUUUUUGUGCCAAAUAUCAGAAUUAAAUCCUGUUUUUUGAUUACAUUAAUGCAUGUGGCAGACGUUUUGAUCUACAGCGUCUGACACUGCAUUUAGAGUAAUUGUCUUAUCUGUUCAUGCACUUCAGUGAACUCAACACUACAUUAAAUUUAAGUGUAAUACUGACAACCCUGUUAACUAUAAACUUUUGUUACCUUUCUGAGGGCAUGUUUAUACAAUCUUUUAAAUAAAGGUUCUUUACUGGCAUUUAUGUUUCCAUAAACAUCCUUGGAAUCUUUCCAUUGCGUAAAAGUUUCUUUAUAGUGCAGAAAUAUUCUUUUGAAAAUUAAAAUCAUAUUCACACAGUUUUUUUGUUUAAAGGUCCAAUUUCUGCUUUACAGUAUCUAUUUAUCUUUAAAUCCCCAUGAAAGUUUCAGUGAGCAGCAUUUGAUCUGAUCAGUCAGCGUUUGUCUAGAGUGUGUUUACGUGCAAGUCAUUGACUUUAAUAUCAUUUAGUUCUGCAUUGUUGUCUUGAUCACUGAUCGGAAUAAUAAUAUGAAUAAACACUGAUUCUUUAGCUAAAGUUUGUUCUGCGGAUAUCACUAACCACUUCCAGAAAUGAUCGCUGGUGCAUUUUGGCUGCUGCUGUUCCUAGGCAAUAAUUGUUUUAUUUCUAUUCAAUCUUAUUUUAGACGUUUUGAAGAUUAAACAAAUUAGCUCAUGUUCUUAAAACUAUAAGCACUUGUCUUUGAGAAAAUCCAACUAUAUUUGAUCAGUUUAUUGAUAUUUAUCAGGUUCUACUCGUUCGACGUUCAUUUGUUGGUAUAUAUACAAAUUUUAAUAUAUAUACACAUUUUUUUUAUUUCGUAAGCUUUACUUUUGACUUCCUUUCACUUGUAAUUUCCUGUUCUUAUGUGCACAUCACGGACACACAAAACAAGAACUAGGUCUCGGACACACCGGUGCACCCGUAUGAUAAGGCAACCAAGCACAUACACAGAUAUGCUCGUACACACAUCGUAAUUGUUGAUAUAUUUCUUAAUAUAUUAUGAAAUAUUGAUAUAUUGUUAUAUUGAUAUGUUGAUAUAUUGUGAUUAUUGUUUUUAUGAUUAUUCUACUUCCUUUUUUGUGAAUUUUGUUUUUAUUAUGACUGUUCAACUUCCUUUUAUGUAAAGUACUUUGAAUUACCUUUGCGUAUGAAAUGUGCUAUAUAAAUAAACUUGCCUUGCCUUGCCUAAUACC